CGCCAAGAUGUAAGCCGGCAGUCCGCAUUCGCUACGGACAUUCGGUACAUAAAUGAUAAUUUUACAACUUACUCAACACUACAUAAAAAUUGCUUGCAUACAACAACAAAAAAUCACAGUUUCACUGCGCCGAAAAGUUGUAAGCGCGAGCGAAAAUAAUCGUAAACAGAAAUUUUACAAAAAAAAAAUCGUAUGAAAUAUAGCGGGAGCGGAGAGGCGUAGCUGGGGGCGUCGCUGGGCCCGCCUCCCUCCGCCAGAGGCACCGCGGGCCAGUAGCUCGAGAGCCGCGUCACCGCGCGCUCGUCUGGGAUGCCCCGCGAGUGAGUGACACAGUGGAGUGGGGCAAAGGCCCAAAACAUUCGAAAAUAGAAAACGGAAAAAUUGACCCCCAGAUGGGCGUUUACGAGGAGAGGGGAGCGAUGCAUUGGCAACAAAGUGAGCGGUAUAUAUCGUCGUACGAGGGUGGCGGUGAGCUGUCGCCAGCAGCGCCGGUGACGUCGCCGGGCUCGCCGCGCGACUGCACCUCGUGCCGCAAGCGGGAACCGCCGGAUGAGCCGCCGGCCGCCGACGACGGCUGCGCGGGCUGCGGCGGUCGGAUCACCGACCGGUACUACCUGCUCGCGCUAGAGCGCCGCUGGCACACGCCCUGCCUCCGAUGCUGCGAGUGCAAGAUGCCGCUCGACUCCGAACAGCGCUGCUAUGCCCGGGACAGCAAUAUAUUCUGCAAGAAUGAUUACACCAGGUUAUACGGGUCAAAGCGGUGCGCUCGCUGCAACACUCCCAUCUCGGCUUCGGAGCUGGUGAUGAGGGCUCGGGACUUGGUGUUCCACGUUCACUGCUUCUCCUGCGCGCUGUGCAACACGCCGCUCAAUAAGGGCGACACCUUCGGCAUAAGAGAUUCAGCUGUCUACUGCAGGCUGCAUUAUGAAACUAUGCCGGAAUAUGGGGCGCACAUGGCCGUGCCGGGCCCGCCGCAGAUGUGUCCGGGGCCUUACCCGGGGCCGCCGCCCGGGCCCCACUACCCCCCCUAUCCGUCCCCCGACUUCUCGCGGGUGGAAGUCGACGUUCCUAAAGGGCCUUUUUUCAACGGGGCCACGGCACCGCCACCGCGACAGAAAGGGCGUCCCAGGAAGAAAAAACCCAAAGACCAAGAAAUCAUGACGGCGAAUCUCGAUCUGAACCCUGAAUACUUGGAGAUGGGGUUCCGCGGCGGCGGCGGGCUCGGGACCACGUCGCGGACGAAGCGCAUGCGCACAAGCUUCAAGCAUCACCAACUGAGGACAAUGAAGUCGUACUUCGCGAUCAACCACAACCCAGACGCGAAGGACCUCAAACAACUGAGCCAGAAGACUGGACUGCCGAAACGUGUUUUGCAGGUGUGGUUCCAGAACGCGCGGGCGAAGUGGCGGCGAAUGGUGACCAAGCAGGAGAACAAGAUGGCGGAGAAGUGCUCGCCGGACGCGUCGCUGGAGAUGGACAUGUACCACGGAUCGAUGGGCUCGAUCCAGUCGCUGCCGCCGCACAGCCCGCCCUACAGCGUCAUGGGCGGCCCGCCGAGCCCCAACUCCAUGGACUGUCCAUAGCCUCAGUUCUGCGCUUUAUGAGCGCUGUAAAGGACUUAAAUAGUGAAUCAUUCCGCGCUUCUUGGAUAUUGAGUUUGUUUGGCACACUGGCGUAAGCGUUAGUUCCUUAUCGACUGCGUGCGAGGACGAUAUAGUGUAUUGGUUGUGAACUGUCGUAUGUUUGGCGCGUUUUGUGUUGUAUUGACGUCCGGUAAUAAAUUUAAAAAGUUUGUAACGAUUUAAAACUGUUCACGGUAACAAGUUGAAAAGUUGAUUUUUAUUCGUAAAUGUUUCUCACAAUGCAAUAUAAAAUGUAGACAUGUCAGCACUUAUCUCAAAUAGAUGUAAUAAUUUAUACAUAUUAUGUAGGACUCAUUAAAAUUUGUCUAAUGAUUGAUGUGCUUCAAAAUAUAUUAGCGAGCCAUGUUUCAAAGUCACGCUCGAUUUCAUUUUAUGGCCAAACAUUAUCGCGAAUAUUUUGUAAGCUAUCUUGCUGCGUAUGUAUAAGAGAACUACAGUCAUACUAGAUGUUGUUUAUGAACGUUUGGCUAUGAUCCCGUAAAAGCUUUGACUGUAAAUAUUUCUCAGCAUAACCUGUUAAUAUUUAGAUUCUGAAUAAAACAUAAUAAAUGUAUUUAACUAAUCGACUUCAAUAUAUUUAUUCAAAGCCUUUCAGAAUCAAGCGUAUAAAGUAAGGUUUUUAUAUUAAUCACGGUUAUAAGACUAUUUAAUAAUGCGUAACAAUUAUUGUCGCUGUGUAGAAUCUCGAAUACCUAAUCGGAGAAUGUUUUAUUAUACGAGUAACUAUAAUAAUUAUUAAUAUAUUACUAUUUAUUUAUUGAUAUUUAAAUUAGUGUUAAAAUAGAUUAAGGACGUUAGUUGCUAAAUUUUUUUCCAUAGUUAUAUUCUAUAUUGUGUAAGUUAAGCAGUAGACAGUUAGAGUUUGACCGGCAAUAGUGUGGUUAUAUCUGGGUAUUGUAAAUAUGAGAUGUUACUGGCUGUUUUGAUUACAAAUUGUAUUUGAUUUAAAUUUUUAAAAAUAGAACUCAUGUUCCAUUUUUUUUAAUAUUCUCUAUGGUCCGUUUAGUUGUCAGAAAUUGUAGUUGUUAAUAUUCCUUAUUAUGAUUCCGUAACAUCUCGAUUGAAAUUGCCGAAAUGGGUCAUUGUAGUUUUAAGAAUUAUCAUUAAUUCUGAUAAGUACACACGACAUUAGUUCCUUUUUUUGUAUAGUUAUAAACAUAAUAAUAGAAUCCUAACAGAUCAUUGGCGUAAUGUAUGUGAGGCGAGUAGAUUUGCUAUUGUAUGAAAAUACCUACUUCCUGUAAAAGUGAAAACCACGGUGUAUGAUCUUAAUAAAAUUAUAAUGAAUCUGUUAAUAAAAAUAUUCCAAUUGUA